AUGCCGCCCAAAUUGAAGGAUCCAUGGAGCUUCUCGAUUCCCUGUGUUAUCGGCAAGUACAUCAUCGACAAAGAUUUAUAUGACUUAGGAUAUAGUGUUAGUUUGAUGCCUCUUUCCAUCUGUGAGAGGCUCAAUUUAGGUAGACAUUUCUUAGCUAUUGUCGGCACUAUAAUAGAUGUAAAGAAAGGAAAGCUUACCUUAGAGGUUGGUGAGGAAAAUAUUGAGUUCAUAUUAUCCCAAUUCAUGAAAGCCCCUGCUAUAGAUGACACUUGUUGCUUUGUAGACAUAAUAUAUGAGUUCUUAAAGGAGUUGUCGUUAGAGGCACCACAUACUGUAGAGUUGGUUGCGCCUCCGACGCUGGAAGUAAAGGAAGAUGAGGUUGAGGUUUAUUUAGAUGAAGGUUUAUAA